AUGAGUCUGUUUCCCCGUGCUGUAGAGGGAUUUGACUUGAUGGAUCUGUUCUAUAGAUUGAUCAUCGACGUGACAACGGAAUUUUUGCUUGGACAGGGAAUCAACAGCUUAGAAUGCCCGAAGGGGAACUUUGUGGAUGCCUUUAAGGAGGUCCAAAGGUUUCAGAUGCUUGUCACUGCAGUCAGGACGAAACGAUCGAUGCUAGACGCCUUUUUCAUCUACAGUACCAUUCAGCAUUUCUAUCUUAGAUCUACCUACAAACGUGCCAUCAAAGUAAUCGAUAACUUCGUCCUCCCCUUCGUCCGGAAAGCCCUCCAAUUUCCUGAAGAUGAAUUGCAACAACUAAGCCGCUCCGAGAGUUCUUUCACCUUCUUGCACUCCUUUGCCCUCUUCACCCGCGAUCCGAAAAUGAUCCGUGAUAAAAUCGUUGCCAUCCUCCUUGCUGGCCGCGACACAACAGCCUCCACUCUCCCCUGGACCUUCUAUGAACUAUCCAACUAUCCCAAACUCUACGCCAAAUUGCGCGUUGAAGUUCUCUACUUUGGGUGA